CGCCCCGCCCCCCGCGCCUCGGUUGCCUUGGCGACGGCGACGCCGCGGCCAUGUCGGACCUGAGCUCGGAGGAGGCUGAGGAGACUGAGACCGAUUUAGGGGAGUAUGACGGUGAACGCAAUUCGGAAGGUGAGCGACACGGACGCGGCAGGGCACGGCUGCCGAACGGCGAUACCUAUGAGGGAGAGUAUGGACAUGGCUUCAGAAGCGGACAGGGGAUCUACAGGUUUAAAAAUGGUGCUUACUACACUGGAGAAUAUCUUCAAAACAAAAAGCAUGGCAGGGGCAUUUUCUUUUAUCCAGAUGGAUCAAAAUAUGAAGGAGACUGGGUGAAUGACCAGAGACAUGGCUAUGGAGUGUACACGUAUGCAAAUGGUGACACCUAUACUGGAGAAUGGUCCAACCACAAUAGGCAUGGCCAAGGUACAUACGUCUAUAAAGACACAGGAUCUAAGUAUGUUGGUGGCUGGGCAAAUGGAAUCCAGGAAGGACAAGCAGAGCUUAUCCAUCUAAACCAUAGAUUUAAGGGCAGGUUUUUGAAAGGAAAUCCUGUAGGUCGUGGCAAAUAUAUCUUUGACAUUGGAUGUGAGCAGCAUGGUGAAUACAUACAAUCAGAGCAGGAUAAAGGAGAGGAAGAAGAGGAUGAACCCUCAUUACUUGCUGAACCAAAGUGGAAAGCUUCAGAAAUUACCAAAUUAACAUUCUGGACCCCCCAUGGGGAAAACCCACCUUCUCCCAGGGAAGCCUCCCUGGUAACAGCAGCAGCAGCUGCUGCAGCAGAAGCAGUGGAAGAAAGAGCAGAAGCAGCAGUAACUGAAGAGGAGGAAAACCCACCGAUUGCAGCCUCUGAUGAGUCUGCUGAGGGGAAGGAUGAAGCAUCUUCUCUUCAUGAGGUAUCCAGUGAAACUCUUAACCCAGGAAGGGAUAUAGAAGGGGCAGAGAAGGAAAGCAAAGAAGAAGAAGAAAAUGAAGAUCAGGAGCAUCAAGAAGCUACUAACUUAGAAGAUUAGGAGGACGAAUCAAUGGAAGCAGAGUAGUUGGAUACAACUGAAAAGAAAGAGCCUAAAAGGAGAUUUCACAGUAAAUCAUUUAUUAUGGUAAACCUGCAAUAGAUGUAUUCAUUAAAAAGUGAGUUAAGAUACUUUGGAUAAAACAUUUCUGUCACUA